AUGCAUUACUUGGCUGAGGUCAAGCAGGAAUUCAGGUGUUGGGAGCUUUGUUGCCUUCAGCAUGGCAUCCAGCCCAAUGGCAUGAUGCCAAGUGACACCUCGGUGGGUGUAGCAUAUGAUGCUUUCAACACCUUCUUUGGUGAAACUUGUGGAUUUUUGGUGUUCAAUGCUGUUGGUGGUGGUACUGGUUCUGGAUUGGGUUCUCUUCUUUUGGAACGUUUGUCCGUGGACUAUGGCAAAAAGUCUAAUCUAGGCUUUUCACCAUCCUUCUCCGCAGGUGUCAGCUGCUGUUGUGGAGCCUGA